GAGUGGAAGGUGGCAAACGGAUGAUACGAAUUCCAAAGAUGAUCAAGAUUGGUCCAGUGGGAAGCCAAUACGGAGAUGAGUGGGAUGAGAGGGGAAAAAGUGAAAUAGUUCAUAUAUUUAUUUCACACGACGAUAAAAUAAAUUCAAUUCAAUUCCAGUAUUAUGAGAAUGGUACUUUGGCCCUCUCUGAUUCCUAUGGUCGAACCACUGGAUACAAAUUUGAUGAUGUGAAGUUGGAUCAUCCUAGGGAAUACAUAACCUGGGUUAGUGGUUACAAGAGUUCCAACAGUGGUCAUUUAAUUUCGAUCGCAUUUGGCACCAACUAUGAAACAUAUGGACCGUUUGGUCGGUUCACUGCCCACGAUAAAGAGGUCGCCUUCAAGCUAGGAGAUGACCGGCAGUUUGGUGGUUUUCACGGAACCGCAGACGAUAAUUGUGUGAGAUCAAUCGGAGUUUACCUUAAGCCGAUGACAAUCCUGGACUCUGUCCUGGAACGGACCAAGAGUUUAAACCUAACCCAGCCUCCAGCUAGGUGCGAAAUACGUAAAUUCAUGUAAGACUUAUGAAUGAAACGAUAUAAAUUAUAUUGAAAUAUUUAUCGUGUAAAAAUAAUAAUUAAUUGAAUUUUUUAAAAGAAAAAACGAGUUAGACUU